AUGCCUCCGUCAGCUAGCCAUAAUCCUCCAAAGGCAGGUCUAUCCGCUCAUGGCCAAGGGCCCGAAGAUGUUUUCAACGAGUUUGUUUCUGUGUUCGGCAGAUUCUGCACUGACAAGGGGUUCCAAAGACUGAAAGCCAUGAUUCUGGAGCAUGAUACACUUCAGAAAAAGGUCGAUGACAUAACGACCGCCUACGACAAGAACCUCGGAGAACUGACCCGGUUAAUUGCGGAUCGAAAUGCUGACACAGAGGCGUUCGAGAAGAGGAUUGACGAACAGACCAAGCAGCAUAGUAAGGUUAUGGAGGAUAAGGCAGCAGCUUAUCGGAAGCUGAAUGCGGAGCAAGACACUGUCACGAAGUUGAAAGGAAAAAUCAAAUCACUUGAGGAGGAUGUAGGGCGAUCGAUCGCUAACAGCAAAAAACACGAAGAACGCGCCGCAAAGCUCGAAAGUACCAUUAGGGAACAGCAAGAACAGUUAGCGACGGCGAAGAAGGAAUCCGCUACGUUAACAGACAAAUUACGGUCCACUAUCGGCCAAUUCGACACUCAGUCCCAGGCAUUGACGAGGGCUGAGGGCGAUCUCGCAACCUUCCGGUCAUACACUGCGACCUUGACACCCCUUAGGGAUGUGAGAGUGGGCAUAUCCGAAUUUCUUGGCUCGUCGUUUAAAGACGCCCUGGCCUUAUUCAAAGGAUUCCUAGGCCGCGAAGUUGACGAAGACAGGAUGCAUGACUCAAGAUCUUGGGACCGCGUCAGGGAUCAUGUUGCCAUACAGCGUGCAAUUCCACUUCCUGUCUCGAACUCGACUGAUGCGAAGCAAAUGAGGACAAUCGCGGGCCUCGUCAUCUAUGCCAGAGCGCUCUCGGAAUACGUCUUUCGUCCAACGUACCUUUCCUUGGGCACUAGCGCCGAUGAUGUAUUAGACGCGCUACCGGCGGCGAAUGCGUUCCAGGACUCGCUUGUUCGCGCCAUGCUUCUUAAAGUGUUGCCCGAACAGCAGAAGACGCGUCAGGAUGAUUGUGCCGAACGCGUCGUCGAGGAGGUGUUGACGGCGGUGGCUGGCUGGGUACCGACCGACCAGCAUGCGACAUUCAGAUCACAGCUUAGGCACCUCACAAGCGUGCUAUGCAGCAACUGGCAGCGUGUGCAGAGGCUUUGUGAGAGGGUUGAGCCGUGCUUUGCCUUCGAGACACCAGACGACUGGCAGCUGAUGUCGAGCUGGACAGAUCCAGUCGCAUCCGACAAUAGAGCGAAGAUUGCGCCACUACGGCACCAGGAGCUGGAGCCGGCAGCGCUGUCAGCCGACGACGUAGCCAAGGUUGUGUGGCCAGCCUUCCUCGCCACCAGUGUCGAGCAACCUGCGGAUGAGGAAGAAAGCCCAUCAGAUCUCGUCCGCCAUGGAAUUGUGCUUACGCGUGCCGAAAUUCAAGGUGCGAAGGACGAAGAAUCGUCGCGGAGGGCCAGACGGAAAGUUACGCGCGACAGUGACCCUACAGCUCUGAAGAGGAGACGCGAUUCGGCUGUUUUUUUAUCCCGCGGAGGUUCCGAUCGAUUGGACGUCAAGUAG